AAGCCUGCAGCAGCAAAUGAGACAGAACAACGAGGCGGGAGAGGUAGAAAGGGAGACAGAGAGGGAGGGAGGUGGAGAGGGGCCCCGUGUAGGAGAGAGGGCUACAGGGUGAGGAAGCAGAAGGAGCAGAGAAAAAGUUAGCAGAAGCAGGAGAACGAGGGUCCGGGGAAAGAAAAGAACAGAGAUUAACAACUACAGGAGAGCAGAAGAAGGGAAACAACAGACAGGAAGGAAGGGGAGGGAGAAGUCUUGGGUAGAGAGGAAAAAAAAACGAGCUGAAGAAAAGUUUUCUUGUGGGAAGACGCAGAUGAGGAAAACAGAGCGAGUGAAUGACUGGGCUGGAGAGAGCAGGGACGGGAGGAAACCAGUUGUUUUCUAAGGCGUUGUCCACACAAGCCUCUGGACUUCUUUGGAGAUGUACACAGAAGGCGCACAAACAACGGGACACCAUCGAUUUCUUCAGCACAUCAACGCCUCCACCCCCUGCCCCUGCCAGCACUGCGUCCACUAUGAGCAGCCAGCGUAUGGCCACCACGGUGGGCCGGGAUGCCAACCAGCAUCGGCCAGACAGACAGACCACCCGUCUCUGGACUGCAGGAGAGACAUCCAGGCUCCUUGGGUUAAAGACGUAGGAGGGAGAGCUUUCGCAGUGGACAGAGUAGAGAGAAGCGGUCAUCGAAGCCCACAGAGGAGGCCUGUGUUCGCAGGGCCGGGCCCUUACAGCCUCUCAGAUGACUUGAGCCAAGUUUGCCCCUGGGAGCUGAACCCUGCCCAGUGGAGCUACCCGCCGGAGCCUGGGGUGAGACACUACCCAUCUGUCAGAGAACAGUGUGGCUGUGUGGUGCGCAGUGACACCAGGGCACACCCCUUUAAUGCUGGGAUACCACAUCCUCUCCCUCAUCUUCAGGUCAAAGGUCAAGGGUACAGGCACAAGAGGACUGUUAGGUACGUUUCUGUGGAUGAGGAGGAGCGAGGUUGUGGAUACACCUCUGAUCAUCAUUUGGAGCCACACAAUCCCCAUCUGAGUCAUUUGGACAAGCCAAAUGGCCACUGUGGAUCGAGGCCUGUGUUCUUUGAGGAGGGGGAGGAAAGAGAUAGCCAUCAGGACUGGGGCAGACUAAAGGGUGGAUCAGAGGAGGGCUGUAAUGGACGCGCUGGCUCUCACAAAGCUUUCUUCCCUACCGAAGUCCCACAAAAACACUUGAACCAAAGCAGACAGAAGGGGCCCUUCGUCCCUCCCCCUUGCAUCACCAGUCCAGAGCCCUCAAAAUCGACAACCAACGACGACCGCCGGCGGCAGGGUUCGGAGGUGGUCAGGCAGAAGAGGAGGCAGGAUUUGGUGAGGGCUCAAAUCCGACAAGUGGUGACAAAUCUGGAGGAUGUGUUAGGUGGUUUGAAGCAAGUUCACGUGGAGAUGAAAGAGGUGGUCGAGCAGAUCGAUCGUCUCACAGCCAGCAUCGACCUCAGUGAGGAGGUGUCCUGCAUCGCUGAGGGGUCGUCCAGUAACUUUCACAGCUCGAUUCAUCCAGGUGACCUCAGGUUGGUCCCGCUGCCCAAUCACAAGCCUGCUCCAGUACAGGCAUCGCAACACGUCGAUGAAGAGCGCAUCAUCUUAAGAACUAACUCUCCCUCCCCUGUUCACAUGGCAUCGGUCGUCAAGACCAGCCGCUUCACCCCACCCAGCCACAGUAAGGACAUCAACCAUGAAAGGUCAGGUGUGAACGGCCAUCCGCCUCACCUGUAUCCCCCCAGAGACUCCAAUCACAUUGGGCAAAGUCAUCCUGAGCCCCACCCACAAAGCUUAGACCCUAAGGUCAUUAUUGGCAACAGCACCUCUAAUUCAAGAACUCAGAAGCCUCCUCUGUACCCUCAAAACGGGCGGUGUGGGAAGGGCCCGUACCCACCUCCCAAGCCCGUGAGGACCCCUGCCUACCCCGGGAGAGGCCGCCAGAGCUCCAGCAUGGUGUGAAGGAGGGGGGUGGUCUGCCCCACUGCCAUGGGGGCCUGAAACAUGAGACCCUGCUGCAGCGAGUGGAGGUCAGAGUGGGACCAUGCAGGGGAACAACUCAUGCAGGAGCUGAUGCCACUGAGACAAGCUGUCAGCCGGUGGAAACAGAGCACGGCCUGAAGGUGGGGGUAUUUCCAAAGGGAAAGCUCCCCCAAGAGUCGACCCGCGACUGUAUGUCAUGCAGGCGCAGAAGCAUGGAGAAGUGGCAGUGAAACCUUUCUUCGGCUUCUGCUGUCACUGGUGAUGUAGUCGCAAACAGUGAGAAGGAUAAACUGUGAACUGCUACUCAACAACCACACAUAGAAACAUAAAGGUAUCUUUUCAUGACAGUGUUAAUUUAUUUGUACUAUUUUUUUGUGUAAAGAAAUCUAUUUUCGGGCAGCUUACUCCAGUUUUAUCUACUGUACGCUAUACUAAGGUUUAUAUCUUAUACUUAAACUAUUGUUCAGAUAUUUUACAAAUAGAUUUUAGACUGUUUCUCUCACUGCUUCAUGGCGGGUUCAUUAUGAAAGACGAAUAAUCUGUAAGGAGACAGGAAAGCUGGAAAGGCAGAGCUGAGAUUAAAUUGCAAUGCAAUAAAUUCUUCUCAUGCAAAUCACCCUGACGUCUCAGUUAUCUAACCCUGGAAAUGUUGCAUUGGUCGCUCAUGUCCCACAUUGGAAUAUGAAAUAACACAAAAGAUGUCUGCAUUUCAUGGCCCCUGACUCUGAGAAAGGAUUCAUGCAUAAGCACUGAGUCUGACAGAUGUAUCCCAAAUGGUUGUGGAAGUUGUAGAGCUACUUCUCAGGCUGAUCUGGAGAUGGCGGUGGGUGAUCUGUCAUGGCCUUAUUCUGUCAGGACUUCCCGGGCCAGUCAGGCCAGCGUCUGUGUCUCUGUUUGUUUAAAUCUUGUCUGAGAUUUUCACCACUCUGCUCUCACAAGCUCCUGCUGCUAUCAGAACACACCGCUUCUAGUAUAAUCCAUCCACCUCGCCAAACAUCCCUCACUCCCUGUCUGGCUUUCUGUCUAUAUCACUGAUGAGCUAUGGUGACAGAUGGAGAAUGGCGGACGCAAGCUGUGAACUGUCCCGGCCACUUUGUCACCCGCUGCCUGUGUCCGCAACCUAUAGCUGUUAGAGUAAUUGUGUUAUAAUGGCAACAGUCGAUAAGCCGCUGAAGGUUAGAUAGAUGGGUGAGGUCAAGUGCCAGAGGCUGUUAUUACUUGUCAAGAUCAGCCAGCUGUUUUCAGUGAAAAAGCUGUAAAAACAACCCACUGUACGCUACCUGCUCAGCAUCAAGCGCCUGGCAGACACAGUUAGCAGCCAGCUGGUGAACAGAGUGGAGCAUUUAGCAGCUAAAGAGCCGGAUAUUUCCCCCAGGGGUUGAGACCGAAAAAGUGAAAAGAGAGCAAAUAUUCAUCUUAUGUUUGCCAGUUGUACAGAAACAUGAAUGAUUCUGCUGCUGCUGCAUGUACGGCUAUUUAAGCAACUAACAAGUUCAUCAGCUUAAAAGGUGAUGACGUGCGUCAGUGCUCACAGCUUGUUUCCAAAUCCGUGCACACUGCUUCAACAUGUGGAGAUAUCUCAAUUCUGACACAGGGUCACGUUGUCCAUAUAUCAGACAGACGUAAGACAGAAACUAAUGCUGAUAUUCCAACCACUGAUUUAUGGGCCUGUUUAUUCUGUCACAUCUGUAGUUAGCUAUAUU